AGAAGAACUUUAGGAUGGGUAAAAGUUUCUGCCGUGCAUCUUCAAACAGGAAAUUUGAGAUUCAGAACAACUUAUAUUUUGGCUUGUAAUCGCUGAUCAUGGGGUGAUCCAGAAAUAAACUGCAGGCUUCAAAGCGAGAGUGUCUCAAAGCUAUCCUGCAGUUGAUCGAAACAUCCAGGCAAAGCAGGGAGAUGAAUAGCAGCAAGGAUUUUCUGAAUUAAGACUUAAUCAAGAAGCUAACCCAUUUCAGCAGUAUUAUUACCCUUUUAUUUCAGAACAUAAAGGGAAGUAAAACUAAAUUAAAAAAUGGCUACGAUGGCAGCAAAUACUCAAAGACAAAUGAUAGGCUGUGAGGAAUACAGUCUGUACAGCAGCUUGAGUGAAGACGAGCUUAUAAAGAUGGCCAUCCAGCAGAGCUUGGAAGAGGACCCCGUGCGUCAGCCAGCUCCUCAGAGCCACCAGAAGUCGAUGGUGUCAGGUCCUGGUGAGGCGGCUGCCCCUGGCCAUGCCAGCAACCACCACCCCCCCUACCAUAUCUACCCCUGGCAAAGAUCAGUAGCCCAGCUACGAGGCCGUGCUCAGCCAUCCAGCUCGGGGGCAGCCUGGGGGGUCAGGCGAAGGUACGACGGGAGCCUGUCCAGCACAUCCCAACCCGUAGAACUUGACCCUGUAGUGGCAGCAAUCAGGGAUGGAGAUGAAAAAGCAGUAUUUAACAUGAUGAAAUCAGGAAAAAACCUUUCUGAACCUAAUAAGGACGGCUGGAUACCCCUCCAUGAAGCUGCGUAUUAUGGCCAAGUGGGCUGCCUGAGCCUCCUGCAAAAAGCAUACCCUGGCACAAUUGACCAACGCACACUCAAUGAGGAGACAGCUCUCUACCUGGCCACCAGCCGGGGCAACCUGGACUGCCUGCUCACCCUGCUGCAAGCUGGGGCUGAGCCUGACAUCUCCAACAAGGCCAGAGAAACACCACUCUACAAAGCCUGUGAGCGGAAAAACGCAGAGGCCGCACGACUCCUGGUCCAGUACAAUGCUGACACCAACCAUCGCUGCAAUCGAGGAUGGACUGCUCUCCACGAGGCUGUCUCCAGAAAUGACCUAGAGAUUAUUGACAUCCUUGUGAAAGGAGGAGCCAAGAUUGAGUCUGCAAAUGCCUAUGGGAUCACUUCUUUAUUUGUGGCAGCCGAGAGUGGGCAGUUGGAAGCUUUGAGAUAUCUUGCAAAAUGUGGUGCUGAUAUAAAUACUCAAGCCAGUGACAAUGCCUCCGCUCUUUAUGAAGCCUGUAAAAAUGGACACGUACCCAUCGUGGAGUUUCUUUUGUCUCAAGGAGCAGAUGCUAACAAAGCCAACAAGGAUGGCCUGUUACCUCUUCACAUAGCAGCCAAAAAAGGGAUUUGCGAGAUUGUCUCCAUGCUGAUCCCUGUCACCAGCCGCACCCGUGUCAAGCGCAGUGGCAUCAGCCCCCUGCAUUUAGCGGCUGAACGCAACAACGAUGACAUCCUGGAAGAGCUGAUUGAUGCUGGCUAUGAUGUCAACACCUCCCUCUCUAAUGAGCGGUCCUGCCUGUAUGAGGACAGACGCAGCACCCCUCUCUAUUUCGCUGUUUUUAACAACAACAUCUAUGCCACAGAACUUCUGCUGCAAGCAGGAGCCAACCCCAAUGUUGACCUCAUCAACCCAUUACUCAUCUCCAUUCGCCAUGGCUGCCUGAAGACCAUGAAACUGCUCCUUGACCAUGGAGCAAACAUUGAUGCCUAUAUAUCAAGCCAUCCCACCACAUUUCCAGCUACUAUCAUGUUUUCAAUGAAGUACCUUUCUGUGCUGAAGUAUCUGCUUGAUCUGGGCUGUGAUGCAGAUUCUUGUUUUCAGUGUCAGUAUGGAAAUGGCCCACAUCCUGCAAUAAAUUACAGACGGGACAGGCUUAAUGAUCCUCAGCUGUCCAAGGAGCCAACUGUAGUACAGUUUUGUGAGAUGGUAUCUACUCCAGAGAUGAGCCGCUGGGCUGGACCGAUCAUCGAUGUUCUCUUGGAUUAUGUGGGUAAUGUGCAACUCUGUUCCCGGCUCAAAGAGCAUAUUGACAGCUAUGAGGACUGGGCUGUCAUUAAGGAAAAAGCAGAGCCUCCACGACCUCUUUCCCACCUUUGCCGCAUCAAGGUACGAAGUGUGGUUGGAAGGAGCCGCAUUAAACUUCUCGACACCUUGCCCCUGCCCGACAGAUUGAUCCGAUACUUGCAGCACGAUGACAGACAGUGACCUCAGGCACACUGGACAAGCAGCGGCUUCCUGGCACGGCACCCAGCGUCACCAGCAUGGCAAGGGCACACAUCGUGCACAGUGGGGAGGAAUUGCUACUGGCUUGGCCAAGCACCCUGUAGUGACUAAUCUAAAAGACAUAUGCUUCUGAAGCAUGAGUGAGAAGAAAAGGGAUGAGAACAUUAAACACAGAGCUGUGGUCAGGGUUUCCAAGAGAAAACUCAUGAGGUUCACCUGAGAGCUUGAUCUGCAGUGAAAGCCAGCACUGAAAAUUGAAUGGUGCUGAAGUAACAAUCAGUGAGGAAUUCAAAGGUAUCCUGAGGUUGUGGUGAGGCUUAGCAUUCUUCCUGUGAUCACAAUUCAAAAAUAGUCAAGAGUCAACAUAUUAGA